CAAAAAUAAACCGGGCAUCAAACAGUCUUACGAUCAAUUGAUCAAUGAUGUCAUUUAAAUAGAUCAUAGAAUUUUAAUUUUUUCCAGAUACUGUUAUUAAUAGACUUACGCUUGUAGUACCGAGCAUCGCACAGUGUUAAACGGUGCAGAACAAUUCACAUGUCCAGAGUGUGGGUGUCGGUCCAUCGCUGAUGGUUUAUUCUACAUUUACUCAGUCUCUCCUUCGUCGUGAAUCUUGUUGCGUCAAUUCGCAUGUGGUUAUUAUUUUUUAAGUAAAAAUACACUUUUUAAAGAAUUCAAAAAUAUAUAAUGCAGUAUGGUAUAAUGUAAUAAUAAUAAGAUACAAUACAAUGCAAUGUGGAUUAUAACGUUAUUUCUCAUAGUGUAAUGUACUCAUUUCUUCUAGUUUUGUUGAUUAAAAUUUUAUAAAUAAAAAAAUGAGUUUGCGGUGGAUCCAAGAAAAUAAAGAAGCGCCGACAUGCGACGAAGAGUCCAGUGAUAUUGAUGACAGUGCUACUGAUGACAGUUACGACACCGAUGAAGAUGAAAUAGAUAACGAGAAUUCUCUCAAUCAACCAAGAAAGAAACGCAACACAACCAGGCAUCCAACCACAACGGUGACCUUUGAAAAUGGAAUACCAGUCUAUAAAACCAAUCAAGAGGAUAAUUCAUCGGCUUGCAUACUCUGGGAUCCCCGUAAUUCUAUUCAAAAUCCAGCUUAUAGAUGUCGGCUAAUUAAAUUGUUCUGUCGCACUGGGUACCAUCUCACGGUCUCUCCGGCAGGAUUUGUUCGUGGAUUAAAUGAUAUUAAUGAUCAAAUUGCAUUGUUCAGUAUUACGUCGGUAUCAUUUGGAGUAAUACGGAUACAAAAUCCAGAAACUGGGCAUUAUCUGGCGUUCAACAAAAAAGGCCACCUUUAUGGAGAGUUGAAAGAAAAUAAAGACAAUACCGAGUGGGAACAAUGGAGUAUUGGCUCUUACGAGGCCUUCAGGUCACUUAAAUACUCUGCUGAAGGAUGGUGGAUUGGAUUUAAGAAGAAUGGACGUCCUAAAUCAGGCCCGAAAACAGCCUGGGGGCAACGAGCCAUUCAGUUUACCGUAAUUGGGUACAAUUAA